AUGCAUCCACCACCUGCAGACUGUCUGGAGGCCAUGAUUGGGUCUUUGGAGGCGUUUCUAUGGGGGGUGGGCCCCGUUCGACCUGGAUGUGGGCAGCACACAGAGAACAGUCCUCAGAACAUGUAUUGGGUGAAACAAGCGAGACAAUCACCCGUCCCGAUCCCGUCCGACUAUCCCGUACGGUGUAAGGAUGCUAAGUACGUUAUCCGUAAGUUCUUUGCAGAGUGUGAAUAUAGGCACAAUGCAGCCUUGUCUAUCCGUACCUACCUUCGCGUGUCUUCCCAACAGUCUACUUACGUGAUGACCUUACCUGUCCUCGAACACAAUCUUGUUGGUCCUGAUCCGACAGUGGAGACCGGCUGGUGCUCCAAGCGUGGACUGGCACUCUGGAGUCUGGGGUUCAGAUUCUGGAGUGCCCGUGGAGUUGCACCACAACUUUGA